CACAAAAAAUCCAGUUCAGCUUGGUGCGAUGACUUUUUUUCAGAGCUGUAUAUAUACAUACAGAGACAGAGAGAGAAAAAGAGAAAGGAGAGAGAGAGAGAGAGAGAGAGAGAGAGAGAGAGAGAGAGAGAGAGGGAAGAGUCGCGCGCACCUCUGAGUGGGAGCGCGGGAGGAGGAGGAGCGCGAGGCAUCGUUACUGAGCAGCAGCUCAGAGCGGAGUAACGGACGAACCGCGGAGAGAGAGAGAAAGAGAGAGAGACCUCUGAUGGGCGAGAGAGAGCAUGACUUUGUCCAGUGCCCCGCCACUUCGUAGAGGAAGCACCCCUGUUCCAUUCAAACAUCAGCUCAGAAGAGAAGAAGCUGUCAAUGAUGACUGUGACUGGACACCUGGACUUGGUGGAACUUCCCCACCUCCAAUAAGCUUCAUCCCUGCACAGGAUGAGGUCAUCAAUGCAGACACAGAGGAGAGGCAGGGCGGCCCCCUGAGGAUCGCACUGCUUGGCCAGAAUGGGGUGGGCAAAACGUCACUUGCUAUUGCCCUCGCAGGGGAGAUAGACAGGACUGCCUCCGUGGAUUCUGAUGGAGAGGGUUAUGUUCGAAAUGUCACCGUGGAUGACGAGGAGAGCACCAUCUUUAUAUUUGAUAACUGGAGACAGGAUCUGUCCACGCUGAUGUGUGAAGUGUGCGUGUUGGUGUUUUCGGUGACUGACAGACGCAGUUUCCACCGCACAGCUCAGCUCCGCCUCCUCCUCAGGGAAAACCAGCCACAAACGCCCAUCAUCCUCGUGGGCAACAAAAGCGACCUGGUCCGAUCCCGAGAGGUCACUGCAGAAGAGGCUCGGUCCAGCGCUGCUCUUUACGAGUCUCCUUAUCUGGAGUUGUCUGCCUCUCUAGACCACGGCACCACAGAGCUUCUGGAGCUGGCAGUACGGGCAGCACGUGGUGAGAGUGUGGGUCCCCUGGGUGCUGGAGGAGAAGGGGCUGCAGGUGGUCGGCGUGAGAGCAUGACCACACGAGCCAAGCGCUUCCUCGCCAGCCUGGUGCCACGCUACCCGCGCGAGAAGGAGCGUGAGAGUGGAAAGUUCUUCAGGCAGAAAUCUCGUUCCUGUCACGAUCUCGGUGCACUGUGAUCACAGAGAAUGAAGGGAGAUGGAGACGUAGAUAUAUAGGUAAUGGUUUAUCAGUUUAUUGAACUAAAAAGGAAAAGGACUGUUGUGGAAGAUUUUCAGAGAAAUGUGGGAGAAUUCGUAAAAUAUUACAGAAACAAUGAACAUAAAGAAAACUAUGAAAACGACAAACAAAUAUAGUUUCAUGACUACAUCUAGAAUGUUUGUGAUAGCAUUGUAAAGCUGUAGCGAGUGUUUACCACUGUACACUACUCCUGUACAUACGUCACCAUUGGUUCUGUCAUGUACCAUCACAGCUAAGGGCAAAGCAUAGCAUUUAGUACAUGCAAAAAUGUAGCACUUUGACAGACUGAACAACUGUAUUGUGCAUGCUCCAGGAUUAAAAAAAGAAAGACACAAGUUCACUCAAAUGGUUUGAGGAAGCUAGUUACUUUUAGUCAUUUUGGCACACCAAUGCCUUUGUGUAAUAUAAAUGAAUUAGGGCUGCAGAGUAAUAUUUGACCAGAGGAAAGUAGUUUCCUCAGACUCUUUCUAUGAACUUUUCACACUGCAGUAUCAUGACUCUAACUGUACCACUGAAUAUGUAUGUGCAAGAUUUUUACAUGUACUAAAUCCAGCCCCAAGGCUUCAUCCUCCAUUACUGAGAGGUAAAUUAAAUGUAUUUAAAAAUCAAA